UGUAUAGAACUCUAUAUAAUCCCAAGUUGCUCUCACUUAGUAAUUCAUCAACUUACAACUUACAACCAAGCACUUAAUUUCAUUUUAGACUCUUCAUAAAUUAGAAAUUCAUCACUAACCCAAGAUAAUCAUAAGAAACUAACCAUGGUUACCAAGACUGGUCAAAAGCUUCCUACAAUCAACCUGAAUAGCACAAACUUAAACCCAGGAACAAGUUCAUGGGUAUCAACAAGCAACAAGAUCAGGAAAGCACUAGAAGAAUAUGGAUGUUUUGUAGCUAUGUAUGAUAAGUUUUCAGUAGAUCUUCAUAAUAAGGCUGUUGAUGUUAUAAAGCCUAUGUUUGAUCUUCCUAAUGAAGUAAAAGCAAGAAAUUGUUCUGAUCUUCCUUACCAUGGUUACUAUAAGCCAGGAAAAGUCAUGCCUUUACUUGAAAGUCUAGGAAUUGGGAAUGCACCCAUCAUUGAUGAGGUUCAUAACUUUGCUAAUCUCUUGUGGCCUAAUGGGAAUCCACUCUUUUGUGAAACGAUCCAUGAAUACGCAACAAAAGUAGCAGAGCUAGAACAAGGGGUAAUAAGGAUGGUGUUCGAGAGUUAUGGAGUAGAGAAGUACUAUAAGGAUCAUUUGGACUCCAAAACGUACCUUCUUCGGAUAGCAAAAUAUAGGGUACCCCUUAAACACGAGGACAAUAUUGGUGCACUUGGUCAUACUGACAAAAAUUUUAUUACUAUACUUCAUGAGAAUGAUGUGAAUGGCUUAGAGGUUCAAACUAAGGAUGGUCAUUGGCUUAGUUUUGACUCCUCGCCUCAGUCUUUUGUUGUUAUGGCCGGUGAACCUUUCUUGGCAUGGAGCAACAACAGAAUACAUGCACCUUUACAUCGUGUGAUAAUGAAAGGAGAGAAGCCAAGAUAUUCAUUUGCAUUGUUCUCAACAACCAAAGACACAAUUGAAACACCAAAAGAAUUGGUAGAUGAUGAGCACCCUUUACAAUUUAAGCCUUUUGAUUACAUGGGAUUGCUACGUUUUUACACCGAAGAUGUUACUCGAAUGGCUGUAUGCACCAUCAAAGACUAUUGUGGACUUUAAUUCUAUCACUUUCUUUACUUGUUUUUAUUUAUGUUAUUUUUUUUCAAUUUUGAUUUUAAUAUUAAUUAUUGUAUGUUAUUAAUUACAUAAGCACUAAUUGAUUUAAAUCCAAUGAAUUAUGAAAUGUAUUCUUAAAGAAUUGUUAAAAUCGAAUUGAUAUAUACUAAAAAUAUAAAGAAAAA